AUGUCAGCCAUGGAGUACGAAAACGAGAACGGUCGCUAUGACGACGACCGUCGCUAUGAUCGCGACCGUAGCGCUUCUCCUCGAGGAGAUUCACGCGUCGACCGUGAUCGCAGCCUGUCUCCAAAUGGCCGUGAAGAUGAUAGAGUACCAGCAGGUGACUCUAGGAAGAGCUUGCCUGAAAACGAUGAUGAAGGGGCUGUCAACCCCGGCUCCAACCUAUUCGUCACCGGAAUUCACCCUCGUCUUACCGAAGCAGACAUCUCCCGACUGUUUGAAAAAUACGGCGACGUAGAGAGCUGUUCUAUUAUGCUUGAUCCUCACACCAAAGAGUCACGUGGAUUCGGCUUCGUGAAGAUGGUUACAGCUGAACAAGCAGAUGCCGCCAAGGAAGGUUUGCAAGGUGAAGUCAUCGAUGGACUCACUCUCAGUAUCGAGAAAGCUCGUCGUAGCCGUCCCCGUACACCUACACCGGGCAAAUACUUUGGCCCACCUAAACGAGAAUUCGGACGCCGUGGUCCUCCUCGUGGAGGCCGUGAUCGCUAUGAUGACCGUCGUGGCUAUGGCGGUGGUUCUCGUCGCUAUGAUGACUACCGAUAUGGUCGUUACGAUUCUUAUGGCCGUCGAGGUGGUGAUUACCGCGAUGACUACGGAUACCGUGGAGGUGGUGGACGUGACUACGGUCGAGACUAUGGUCGCCGUGAUGACUACCGCGAUGAUCAUGGUUAUCGUGGUGGUGCCGGUGCUGGCGGUAGCGGUGAUCGUUAUGCUUCUCGUGAGGAACGCUAUCCUCGUGGAGAAGAUCGCCGUGGUGGUGGUGAGGACCGCCGUGGCGGCUACUAUGACCGUGAUGCAAACCCUCCCAGCUAUGACCAGGCUCCUCCACGUGAAAGCCGCGAUCCCUACAACGGCGGUGGUCGGUCUUAUGAAGGCCGCGGAGACGAGAGAUACACUAGGUAG